AUGGUCGAGGCAAUCCCCCCAGACGAACAUUCUAACUUUGAGACUUUCCGCGAGUGCUUCGGUGAACCCGUGCUGAAGGCAUUGGCAAAAUCAGUCGAGAAGCCAAGAAAGAAGAAGCGGGACGCACGCAAGAGCAAGGAUGGCAGACCCAGCAGGGCCGGGGCAGUGAAAGAGAAGGAUGCCGAGGCGAGAAUUGUCAGCACGGAGGAACAAACCACAGCAGAAGAUCUGGGCGAGUUUAUCGAUUACCUCUCAAGCGUCAUCUUUCCCUCCCUCCCCACAGAUCUCCGCACCCUCUCCUUCUCAAAAUACAAAGACAAUCCCCAGCUACAAGAUGACUACUCAACACCCCUCUCCACAUCCACCGAAUUACAGUUAAUCAAUCGGAUUCCCCCAAUGGCCAUCGACUCUCUAACCUCUUACGCUCUCCUCCCCACCCCACCCGACGCCUUCGACCUUCACCACUUCUUCACCCCCUUCUUAACAACCUACAUUACCGCCGUGACCGCUCCUCCGCCCAUCUGGUCUACUACCCGCACCGCAGCGUGCGAGCUAUGUCUGCGCGACUGGAUCCCGCUGACGUAUCAUCAUCUGAUACCGAAGAGUACGCAUGAGAGGGGGGGGGUGGAUGGUAACCCAGAGAAGAGGGAGAUUGUAGAGAGCUGGGUCAAGUGGGUGGGCGGUGUGAGGUGGAAAAGUCGGUAG